AUAGUCUAAUACUGUAUUCUGCUCGCAAGUUGUGCGUAACUUGGAGAAAUGGGUGCGUACAAGUAUGUCUCGGAGCUAUGGAGGAAGAAGCAGUCGGAUGUGAUGAGGCACCUGCAGCGCGUAAGGUGCUGGGAUUACAGACAACAACCUUCGAUUGUUCGUUUGACUCGACCCACUCGUCCAGACAAAGCUCGCCGUUUGGGGUUCAAGGCGAAGCAGGGAUAUGUGGUGUACAGAGUGCGAGUGAGACGAGGUGGAAGGAAGAGACCAGUUCCUAAGGGUAUUGUGUAUGGUAAGCCAACGAACCAAGGAGUGACACAACUCAAGUUCCAACGAAGCAAGAGGUCUGUUGCGGAGGAGCGAGCUGGGAGGAAGCUUAGUGGUUUGAGAGUUGUCAACUCCUACUGGAUCAACGAGGAUUCUACUUACAAGUACUACGAGAUCAUUCUUGUGGAUCCGGCUCAUAACGCAGUGCGUAAUGACCCGAGAAUCAACUGGAUUUGUAACCCUGUUCACAAGCACCGUGAGCUCAGAGGUCUCACAUCAGAAGGAAAGAAGAACAGAGGUUUGCGAGGAAAGGGUCAUAACAACCACAAGAAUCGACCAUCACGUAGAGCUACUUGGAAGAAAAACAACACUCUCUCCCUUCUUCGUUACCGUUGAUUCUCUUGUUCCAUUUUUUAAAUAAGUAACUUAAGCUACUUCUCUUUGAUCAGUUCGAAAGGUGCUUUCAUUUCUAAUCUUAAAAUGACUAAUCGUAGAGAAUAUGGAGUAUAACUUUUCAUCAAACUGAGAGUAUUAUAUAUGAAGCACUCUCAUAAGUCUCGUAGGCAAGUUAUUAAUCCAAGUGAACAGAGAGAAACAGAGUGUAUUUGCUCAAUUGUUUGUGUUAAUUUUUAUGCUAUAAAUCUUCAUUUCUUUG